CUAACGCACAGUUAACUGCCGUCUUCCGUUUGGACCGGUUCGCGGGUACGUUCGUCGCUUAAUCGCGCACCGCAGGGUAUCAUCCCUACUAGUUAAUGGGUGCCCUUGGUGUCGUUGUUUAGUUGUGUGUUAUUUAUUUUUUGUGCUUCCUUUUUUUUGCUCAAAUUGCAUAAGUGGCACAACAAGGUGUGUGUUGAGCACAGCAAAACAACCGUGUGUGUUGUGUGUGUGUGGUAAAUUUGGUGCUAAAUUUUGUGCGGCAAAUGAGUUGAUUUUCAAAUAACAUACCGAGCGGGUGUUUGACAAGUGUGGCGGUAAUAACAACGUUCGUGUGAAUAAAAAGUGCUGUGCGAUUGGAAUUAUUGAAGCUUCAAGCUAAUAAUACACAAAAAAAAAUAUACAGUGAAGUUUGUUGUUUGUUGUUGCAGUUGUUGUGUAGAGCUCAUUCAAUUGUGGCAAGAGAAAAACCUACCGUGUACCCCUUUUUCGUACAGCGUGUCCCCACCGUCCAUUUGGCCCAGUGAUCAGUAUCAAGCGGUCCAUCAAGCCCCUGCAACAACGGGCUACAAAGCCAUGCUUACCAAGCGAACAGCACGAAAAUGAAUCCCGUACCACCGUGGACCCGUAGCAGUGACCUGUUGUGUGUAUAGGGUGGUACGACCCAACCGAUCCAGUUUCGUGUGCUCAGGUUUGGGCGAGACAGACAGUCAGGAUCGAGCAGGAAUGGUCGUCGGGGGCUCAGCGUAAACCAUGAAGCCCAUCACGUUCGAAUCCAUCCGGAACCUGCUGAAGACGAAGAAGAAGCAGAAAGACAAAUCGAACAUCGAUCAAAGCUUCAAGCGGAGCGACUCGUUCAAGCGCAUCAGCAUACGGAAGAGCUACCUCGAGCGGGGUCGCAAGCGGAAUGCGGCGGCGGUCCUACGCGGCUCCACCAAAAAUCUCGUCAACAUCAAUGAGUUCGAGGAUCAGGCGAAGGUCGUCAAGGGCCCGGAGAAGCUAACGGCGGGCAAUGGGCAUGCGGUGGAGGGCAGUGCACAGCACAAGAAGGAUGCCCUUGAGGUGCCGCACUCGUCCGACCGGACAGGUGCGUCCGGUUCGGCGGCAAAACGAUCCUCCCCGCAGGAGCUCACGUUCGAGGAGAAGCUAGAAUCGAACGACGCGUCGCUGGAUGAGAAGAUCCGCGCGCUGCAGGAAAUCAACGAUCGGUACAUCAAUGAAAACCGCAACCUGGUGGAGCAGACGUACGAGGUCUCGAAGAAGGUGGAGAAAAUUAAGAUCAAGAAACCACCGCGACCUUCCAAGCAGACGGUGGCAGGGACGGCACAGCAGCAGCAGCAACAGCAGCAUACAUCCAUCGCCGCCGCGCCCAGGAAAUCGCUCGAAAAUGAAGUACAAAAUAAUGAUCUCAGCGGCAGGACGAUCGCAGGAGGCUCGGUGAAGUCACCACCCGCACCAGACGCUGCCACGGGCAACGGUGCCGGGCGUGUGAGGAACAUUUCGCACGUAAACAUCAACGUCAGCUCGGACGCAAUCCCGGAGGAGGAGGAAGCGCACGAGGGAAGUGUGCGGGGCGGCAGCAGUAGUUGCAGGCUGCCGGAGGACACGGCAGACGAUAAGUCGUUCUACAGCAUCAGCACGUUCACGAUCGAGAGCAACACGCUGACGAACAACGCGGGCAAUCAUAACAACACGAAUGCGUCGUCGAAAAAAUCGUUCCGCAGCAGUUUCAGCACCGCAACCACCAGCACGAGCAAGACGGCGACCAAUGAGCUGCCCACGCUGGUGACGAUCCGGACGUACUGCGAGCCGAAUGCGCUGAUGCAGUCCACGACCCAUGUCAACGAGCGGUAUCUGGAGACGAGCUUUGAUACCUGCCCGGACGAGGCGACGCUCAGCCGGGAGCUCCACCAUCGGCCGCAGGUAGUGAAGGUGGUAAAGGACACGCCAGUGCCGCCUGGUGGUGGUCCCACGCCCACCAACGGGACGAAUCGUAGCGAUCGUACGCGGAGUCCCUCGCGCAUACCCCGCAUCAACACGCAAACGUUCAAAAUGAUACGCAGCAAGUCGAGGGACGGCAUCGUGAUCCGCAUCCCGGCAAUGGAUGGUGGUCAGGGCGGGGAGGUGGAUGGGAUCGAAAGCGCGGGAUCCAAAUCGGACGGUGGCGGCGGGCUUAAGGAGCCGGAAGAUAAUCUGAACCGACAGCUCAGCAACGAUUCGGCGCUCGAUCUGAUCGACGUCGAUAUUAAGGUGGACGAGAAGGAUCUGCGGCACAGCAGCGGGGGCGGUGGCUCGACGCAGAACCUAAACGGUGCGCUGACUGACGGCGGCGGUGGUACGGUGGAGCUAAAGAACCAAAAGAACAAGUACCGGAAGAAGGCGAAAAAGGCAUCGGCAAGCAAAACGGGCACGCUGGAUGUGGAGGACGCGAACCAUACGUUCCAGAGCCACGACAACUUUGAGCUGCAGCGAACGCCGAAAGGUGGCGAUGCGAACGGCGGACCCGUUGAGCCGAAGUUUAUCUUCCCGAGCAAGUACUUCGAGGAGGAGAACAACAUCUUCUACGACCAAACGGUGUACGACGAGGCGGAGCUGCCGUCGCCGGAGAACAGCAUCCCGUACGCGCUACGCAUCAAGGAGAACCCGUUCACGAAGAACAAAGAGUUCUACUCGAUCAACACCGGCCGGAUUUGGAAGCAACUCAAUCUCGGGCAGCAGGAGGAAGACUCCAUUCUGUCGAACGCCGGACCCCGGCUGGUCCCGCCGCCGAAGGUUAAGAACGAAUCGUUCAAAUCAAUGUCUUCGCGGGAUUCGGGCUUCAGCUUGACGCUUACCAAGCCGAAGAAUCUGUUCCGCCGAAAGUCCAAGAAGGCGACACUGCUCCAACGCCGCAAACCGCCCAAGCUGGCCGUCAGCCGGGACGGGUACUUCAAGCGUGUGAUGGUGGUGCAGCGCAACUCGUCCAAGCGGAAGAAAUCGAUGCGCAAGCAGCGCGUCGCCGGGAAGGACAUUUUCCGCGAGCUGUACGACGAAAACUGGAGCAAGCUGGGCGAUGACUGCAAUGGUGGUGAGCUGCCAGUAGCAGCUGCUGCCGCGGGUCCGCUCGAACCGGAGGCGCCCGAUUUUGCGCGGGACUUUGAAAACUUUUGCAACGAUCGCCGGUACAACCAGGAAAUCCACGACCUGGAAGCGUUCUACGAGGAGCAUCUGAAGCGCUUGCGCCAUUACUACAUCCAGAAGAAGAAGAUGAACGAGGCGGCGAUUAAGGAGUUCUAUCGGGACUAUGGGGCCGGUCGGGCCGCUAUUCUUGGGACGCAUGGUACAGCGGACGGUGCGGCGGUAGGAGCAACAGGAACAUCAACGCUUAAGGCGGAGGACCAGGACGAAGAGAACGACUACUACGACACGUUCAUAGUGACGAAGAAUGAGACGAUUCGCUUCAAGAACAGUGCCCUGCAGCAGCGGUACUUUCAGCAGACCGAUGCCGGGCUGGAGUUUGUGUUUCCCCAUCCGGACAAGCGCAAAAGCAGUACGGGCGGAACGACCGGCUCCACCGGACAGGGGAAAUCAGCGAAGGGAGGAAAAUCCGGGUCCGGCAGUGCCCACUCGACGACGACCGCUAGUGGUCGGAAGCAACUGUUUCACGAAGUUCGCCCAUUCGGAAGCCCUCUGGAAUCACUGAUGAAUGUUGGCGGUGGGUCGCACUAUACCGAGGAAGAGUUCCUGCGGGAUGAUGCCAACCUGUCCGCGAAACGCCCCAACCAAACGUCCGUAAGUGUCGCCCGGUACAAGGAGCCGGGCGCGGCAUCAUCCGCGUUCGUGUACAAACGGUCCAUUUCGGCACCGUUCGGUGAUUCAAACUUCCAGCUCGCGACGGCAGCACCGCCCGGAGAGGACCUGAAGCGCAUCCGGUCGGCCGGUGCGAUCCAGAACGAAAUCUCACUGGCCAGCAUCUUCCCGUCGGUGAACGGCGACAAAGCGUUGAGGCAUCGGUACAUGGGCAAAAACAACGACGGAGAGGAUAACGAUGAAGAGUUGGACCAGGAUGAUGAUGACGAUGACGAUGAGGAGGAGGAUGAAGAGUUUAGUGAGAAUGAGUUCCUGAUCAACAGCCUCGGUGACAAUCUGUACUGUGUGCGGUGUGACAAGGUGAACAGUGACUGUGAGUGCUUCGAAGAGGCCGGCACGGGGAGUCCACCCAAGCGCAAGGACUCCCAGGGUCGGCUGAGCCGCGCCCGUUUGUUGAAGGUUGGUGGCGCCAAGCGUGUGUUCGAUCGAAACGGUGACGAGGUAGUGCUAGUUGGUGAGCAGGGCGAUGAAAAGCGCGCUGGAGAGAAGGAUGAAGAUGAAGAGGACGAUGAUGAGGAGGAGGAGGAGGUGGACGAAAACGAUGAGAACUACUGUGAUGUGUUUGAUUUUAACGAUAUCAACAUCAUACACGUGAACCACAAGAAGAAAGUGAAGCGAAAAAAGUCCAAAAAGCGUACCGUGCGGAAAAACCACUCGACGUUGCGGCGUGGCAGCUACUGGGGCGACAUUACCCAAAAAGGAUACGAAAAGAAGCGAACAAGACUCUUGCAGCCAUAUUUGUCCAAAAAUGUGCAGCACGGCGGUGGUGGUGGUGGUGGAGGUGGCGGAGGCGCCGGAAGUAAUCCCGGAUACGUCAACGACAUCCAGUCGCAUCUGCAUCAUCCAGCCUCGCAGCAGAAGCAGAACAUCUUUGCCUCCUCGGGAGGUAGUGGUGGUGGUAGUAGAGAUAGAAAUGAUCGUUCCAGCAGUGGUAGUGGUGGCGGUGGUGGGCAUCAUCAUUCCUCGUCGCAUCAGCAACAGCGGGAGCAGCAGCAGCAGCUACAGCAAAACCGCACGCGUCGCAGUACGCAACGUAAAGUAACGCACAACGAGAAGCGCUAUCACUCAGCAACGGGACGGCCCGAUGUGCUGCAGCCGGAAGAGCUGCUCCAGCAGCGGCCACCAAUCACGGCACCCGCGUCCGGCAUUCCGGUGCACCAGCAGCAGCAUCUGCUUCGCCAGCGACAACACGCGCUGCUCUCCACAACCACCUCAUCCGGCUCCACCUCCUCCGGGGGUGGUGGUGGUCGGGAGCUGCCGCUGCUGCUGGGCCCAGACAAGGAGCCGCAACGCAGCGCGACAACCGCUACCAGUGUGCCAUCGUUGGGUGGCGCCCAACAGCCUCCACCCGGCCUGUACUCGACGGCGCUGGUAGCGGCGGCCGCCGAUGCACUGUUCAAAGCGAUGCGCAUCUCCCCGCAGCCGCCGGUGGAGCAGCCGGCUGUGAUAAUGCGCCCAAAGGUGUACACGGAACCGGUAGCAACGGUCCUUCAGCAGCAGCAGCAGCCGCAGCACGUCGAGCUGGAUCGGACAAAGGUACGCCAGGAAGCGGUACAGCAAGCGCUAGCUGCACUAAAAAAUCGCCCCAAACCUAGCUUGCCAAUGCCAUCCAAACGGAGCUCGGUGCUUAACCGCAGCCCCGAGCGCGAUCAUGACGAUUCAGACUCCAGUACGGAAGACGAAUCCAUACCGGAGGAAGGUAUGCUGGGAGGAAGAAUAUCGACGCCGGACCGGGACAACUACAAUCUGCCCCGUGAUCACAUACUCACGCGGGAACCGAUGAAGCUGCCCUCGGCCCGGGACCACCAUCACCAUCAUCAUUCACAGCCCCAGCCACUGCCCCAGCCGCCGCAGCAGAAGCAAUCGUCUCAGCAUGGUGGUGGCGCGCAACCACCAACCCACCGACCGCCGCAAACGAUCCCAACGCAACCGAUCAGCGUGCAGCAGCAGCAGCAGCAGCAGCACGCAACACUGUCGGACACAUCGAGCGCCGGUUCGCCGCCGGCCGUGCACCGCUCAAACCACCACCACCAGUACCACCAGAGCAAACCGUCGAGCUACGACAUUACCGAGCUGAACGAUUUCCAGCUCAGCAGCGGCCAGCAGCAGCGCACGACACCGUACGCCGCGCCCGACAUUACGCAGUUCAGUGCGAACACGCGGCGCGGCGCCGACCGGGUGACGCGCUACGUCAACCUGGCGAACCAGGAGCCGGGCGACACGAGCACGGCCGGCCGGUGGAAGGUGUCGGCCAAGAUACAGCAGCUGCUGAACACGCUCAAGCGGCCGAAGCGGCGCCCGCUGCCCGAGUUCUACGAGGACAACGACAUCGAGCUGGAGAUAGCGGCCAACCCGAAGGAUCCGAACGCGCCGAAACCGGAGGGCAGCGUGAUGACGCCGGUGCACGGCGAGCAGCUGAUCGUGCCAUCCGGGUUGCCGCGCACGCUCGAGGCCGCCCUGCAGCGGUACGGUACGAGCUCGUUCAAGGCGCCGAUGGCGACCGUGCUCGACCCGAACGGCAAGAUGACGACCACGCUCACGUACGGCAAGCUGCUGUCGCGGGCGCAAAAGAUUGCGUACGCUCUCUCGACCAAGGUGUUCAGCAAGGGGCCGGAGCAGGUAGCACUCAAGCCGGGCGACCGAGUUGCGCUCGUCUACCCCAACAGUGACCCACUGAACUUCCUGACCGCCUGGUACGGUUGCAUGUUUCGUGGGCUUGUGCCGCUCCCGAUCGAGCUGCCGCUGUCGAGUUCGGAUUCGCCACCGCAGCAGGUUGGCUUUCUGCUCAGCUCGUGCGGCGUGCACGUGGCGCUCACGUCGGAAGCGUGCCUGAAGGGGCUGCCGAAAUCAUCCACCGGCGAGGUGGCCAAGCUGAAGGGCUGGCCCCGGCUGCACUGGUUCGUGACGGAGCACCUGCCGAAGGUGCCGAAAGACUUCAACACCAACAACAAUCGCAUCAGCGAAGACUCGAGCGCGUACAUCGAGUACACGACGGACAAGGAGGGUAGCGUUAUGGGCGUUACCGUAACGCGCCAGGCCAUGAUUAACCACUGCCGGGCGCUGACGAUGGCGUGCCACUACACGGAGGGUGAAACGAUCGUGUGUGUGCUGGAUUUCAAGCGCGAGGUUGGCCUCUGGCACAGCAUUCUCACGUCCGUGCUGAACGGGAUGCACGUGCUGUUCAUCCCGUACGCGCUGAUGAAGCUGCGCCCGUCCUCGUGGAUGCAGCUGAUCACCAAGUACCGGGCGUCCUGCUGUCUGGUGAAGAGCCGCGAUCUGCAUUGGGGUCUGCUGGCGACGAAAGACCACAAGGAGAUUUCACUGUCCUCACUGCGCAUGCUACUGGUGGCGGACGGUGCCAACCCGUGGUCCCUGUCGAGCUGCGACCAGUUCCUGAGCGUGUUCCAGUCGAAGGGGCUGCGGCCGGAUGCGAUCUGUCCGUGCGCCAGCAGCUCGGAAGUGUUUACCGUGUCGCUGCGACGGCCGGGCCGGUCGGCGGCCGGAGGGUACAAUCAGUCGGCCACGGGACGGGGCGUUCUGUCAAUGUCCGCCCUGUCGCACGGUGUGGUACGGGUCGAUAGUGAAGAUUCGCUCACAUCGCUUACGCUGCAGGACUGUGGUCAGGUUAUGCCGAGUGCUACAAUGGUUGUGGUCAGCGCCGAUGGUCCACCAGUGCUGUGCAAAACGGAUCAAGUUGGUGAAAUUUGCGUCACGUCUGGUUCGAGCGGUACGGCCUACUAUGGUUUGGAAGGAAUGACAAAUUCUUCCUUCAAGGUUCAGCCACUGCUGGAAGCGCCCACCACCAAGGACGGCGAAACGAUCCCGGGCAAACCGAUCGGCGACGAGGUGUACGUGCGCAGCGGUUUGCUCGGCUUUCUCGGGCCGGGCGGGCUCGUGUUUGUCUGUGGCUCGCGCGACGGCCUGAUGACGGUGACGGGGCGCAAGCACAACUCGGACGACAUCAUCGCGACGGUGCUGGCCGUCGAGCCGAUGCGCUUCAUCUACCGCGGCCGGAUCGCGGUGUUCAGCAUCAAGGUGCUGCGCGACGAGCGCGUGUGCGUGAUAGCGGAGCAGCGGCCCGACUGCUCGGAGGAAGAAUCGUUCCAGUGGAUGUCGCGGGUGCUGCAGGCGGUCGAUUCGAUCCACCAGGUCGGCAUCUACUGUCUGGCGCUGGUGCCGCCGAACCAUCUGCCCAAGACGCCGCUCGGCGGCAUCCAUCUGACCGAGGCGCGGCGCCGCUUCCUCGAGGGUUCGCUUCACCCGGCGAAUGUGCUCAUGUGCCCGCACACGUGCGUCACCAAUCUUCCAAAACCACGCGAAAUUCACCACGGCUCUAUCCAACAACUUCAAAUUUCCGGAACGUCAUCCUCAUCGUCCGCCACGAACCUUGGCGGUGUGGCUGGACUCGGCACCGGCACUGGUACGGGCACCACCGGUACAGAUGCCUCCGUUGGCCCUGCUUCGGUAAUGGUCGGCAAUCUGGUGCAGGGCAAUCGGCUUGCCUCUGCCCAGGGCCGCGAUAUCGGUUUGGCCGACGAUAACGAACGCAAGCAUCAGCUAAUUACGGGCGUGCUGCGAUGGCGCGCAAACUCAUCGCCCGAUCACGUCCUGUACACGCUGCUCAACGCGAAGGGUGCGGUCGCGAAAACGCUCACCUGCUCCGAGCUGCACAAGCGGGCGGAAAAGAUAGCCGCCCUGCUGCAGGAGCGGGGCAAGGUGAAUCCGGGCGAUCACGUCGCGCUCAUCUUCCCGCCCGGGCUCGAUCUGAUCUGCGCGUUCUACGGGUGUUUGUAUUUGGGCGCCGUGCCAGUCACCAUACGGCCGCCGCACCCGCAGAAUCUCAUCACCACGCUGCCGACCGUGCGGAUGAUCGUGGACGUGUCCAAGAGCGGCAUCAUCCUGUCGAUCCAGAGCAUCAUCAAGCUGCUGAAAUCGCGCGAGGCGGCCACCUCGAUCGAUCCGAAGAGCUGGCCGACCAUCCUGGACAUCGAGGACAACCCGAAACGGAAGCUGGCCGCCAUUGCCAACAGUACGCUGGAUUCGACGGCCUAUCUUGACUUCAGUGUGUCCACCUGUGGUCGGCUGAGUGGCGUUAUCAUCACGCAUCGAUCCCUGUCGAGUCUCUGUGCCAGCCUGAAGCUUGCCUGCGAGCUGUACCCUAGUCGCCAUGUAGCACUCUGUCUUGAUCCGUACUGUGGCCUUGGCUUCUCCAUGUGGACGCUGAUCAGCGUGUACAGUGGUCACCACUCGAUACUGAUCGCACCGUACGAGGUGGAAGCCAAUCCUAGUCUCUGGCUGAGCACGCUGUCCCAGUACCGGGUGCGCGAUACCUUCUGCUCGUACGGCGUGAUCGAGCUGUGCACGAAAGCACUCAGCAACUCGAUCCAGGCGCUGAAGCAGCGCAACAUCAACCUUGGCUGCGUGCGGACGUGCGUGGUCGUGGCGGAGGAGCGACCGCGCGUCCAGCUCACGCAGCAGUUCUGCAAGCUGUUCCAGGCGCUCGGGCUGAACACGCGCUGCGUCUCGACCUCGUUCGGGUGCCGGGUCAAUCCGGCCAUCUGCGUGCAGGGUGCCAGCUCGGCUGAGAGUGCGCAGGUGUACGUGGAUCUGCGGGCGCUGCGCAACAACCGGGUGGCGCUGGUCGAGCGCGGUGCACCGAACUCGCUCUGCCUGGUCGAGUCGGGCAAGCUGCUGCCGGGCGUGAAGGUGAUCAUCGCCAACCCGGACUCGAAGGGCCAGUGUGGCGAUUCGCAUCUCGGGGAGAUUUGGGUCCAAUCGCCUCACAACUCGAACGGCUACUUUACGAUCUACGGCGACGAAACGGACUACAACGACCAUUUCAACGCCAAGCUGGUGACGGGCUGCUCGACCAACGAUACGUGGGCCCGCACCGGUUACCUCGGGUUCCUGCGGCGCACCGAGUGCUCCCAGGCCGGCUCGAUACUGGACGAAACCACACCGAGCAUAGCUAGUCGCGAUUCGGAUACCGAAUCAAUCCAUUCACAGGGUCACAACACGCUCAACUCAACGACAAGCUCGAACGCGGGCGGCAAUACAGUGGCCACGGCUGGUGGGGUGGCGGGCAACGAGCAGGAGCUGCACGAUGCCGUCUACGUGGUCGGUGCGCUCGACGAGGUGAUUACGCUGCGCGGCAUGAACUACCAUCCGAUCGACAUUGAGAAUUCGGUGCUGCGCUGCCACAAGAAGAUUGCCGAGUGUGCCGUCUUCACCUGGACCAACCUGCUGGUCGUGGUGGUCGAGCUGGAUGGCAACGAGUCGGAAGCGCUCGAUCUGGUACCGCUCGUGACGAACACCGUGCUCGAGGAACAUCAGCUGAUUGUGGGCGUCGUCGUUGUCGUCGAUCCCGGCGUUGUACCGAUCAACAGCCGUGGUGAGAAGCAGCGAAUGCAUCUGCGCGAUGGUUUCCUCGCCGAUCAGCUCGACCCGAUCUACGUUGCGUACAACAUGUAAGCGCUGCGCUGCCCCGUGAAGAGCCGCUGCGGGACGUUGUUGCAGAUGGAAAAGAGAAGCAAAACAUGUGUGGUUGUGUGGUGUGUCAGCGCAAUGAAUGCAGAAUGCAGAACGCAAAAGAAGAAAAACCAAACUGCCUCGGACGACGGGCUGCCACCACCACCAACCAAGUGCGAGUGAAGCCGUGCGGGAAUGUAUACAAUACAGUGUGUCGUGUUCAGGGACAAUUUAUUUGCAGUACGAUCUAUAUAUAUACAUACAUAUAUAUAUUGAGCGCUUUUGCUAGGCGAUGAUAGGUGGCGUGGUGCCUCCAAUAAAUUAUAAAACACGUAACGGCAACAGAAGCACAAUAGCAGAGAAGCACAGCAAAAAACGUCACAUUUGCUCACAAUUAAUAUACAAGUCGAUUUAGCGCAGUGAGCAGUGAGAAAGAUGAAAAACGGAGCGCUUAGAGAGUAGUAGUAGCCUGCCUGCGCAGAUGAAGAAAUAGUAAUCUUGUUUAGUAAUCAAAUGAUUCAAGGACGCGCGCGCGCCUAUAAUCGAUAAAAGCGCCGCACCGUUUGCAGUUGAUUGAAAUGAAGCAAGCUAGAGACACGCACCUUUCUCCCCCCCAACCCUAUUCAAUCGAUUACUGCCAACAAGGGGGGGAAACAUUUGGGCCCCCUCGAGCUCGAUGGUAGAGUGUGUGGUGUGCGCGAGGCGCAUCGUAGUAGCCUGGUGCGAGAAGCAUGUGGAAGCAUGUACAGUUUUGCAAAUGCAACAAAGCACACAGGAGCGAGCGUAGUGUAGUAGGCACUGGGCGACUCACAUACUACAGCAGGCAGCACUGUUAUUUUUCAUCUCCCCCUUUUCCCAGUUUUGCCAACACCGCUCCGCUCCUUCUUCUUCACAGCCAUUCACAGUCUCGUAGUGAUGUGUAGUUAAUUUUCUUCUAGUACGAAAUAUCUACCGUAAUGUUGUUUGUGAUUAUGAAACGAGAAACGAGAGAGGGAAAGAGAGAGAGAGCGAGAGAAAGUACAUCGUGCGAUAGGUUUUAAGUCUGUCCUGUCCCUGUGUAAGGUGAAAUGUAGCAGUAAUCGUGUUGGAAUAAUUAUUAUCAAUCGGAUGAAAAUGUAAUCAGCAAUCGGAAACGCAUAGUAAGGUUUUGACGCUUUCGUGUCCAUUCUUCUGUACAUACCACCAUUUAUAAGCAUUAAUGACAAAACAAGAGAGGGCUGCAAAAGGCGGCAUAUACCCAUCAACAUAAACCAUCCUUCUUCUACUUCGCAUAAAAACACACACGCACACAUUAAAGAAAAAGGAGACAAUGAGGAGGCACAUUGAGUAGGCGACGACGGUGGUAAACGUUUGUUGGCAGCGAAGUUAGUUCGAGCCUCUACAUACUACUACAUAGUACUACAACCCUUCGUAACACUCUCACUUUCUUUCUCUCUCUGUAUCUCUCUAAGUCAUUUGGUUGUAAUGCGCCAUGGCAGACUCUCGAUGAUGUGAACGACUCUAUAUAAAUGCGAGCAUAUAUACAUUUAAAUAUAUUAUUGUACGUCCCAAUACAGACCCCCCCCCCCCAACUCUCGUCCCUCUUAGAGUGUGUGUGUAUACUUAUUAGUGCGGCAGCCGCAGCGAAGGAUUAAAACAAAACAAAAAGAUAGCAGGUAGCAAGAGUUCUGUUGGGUUCUCAGUAAUAGUAAUAGCCACAGCGCACCGCCCUGAUGAUGUAAGCGUGUGCCAGCUGCGCGCGUUUUGUUUCGACUGUAUUCAACUCUUCCCUCCACCCUUCCCCCCUCCUCCACCUCUCCCCCAAGAAAAACUGUGUAGAUUUAGAGCGCGUUUCUUCUUCGGUAGGUUUACAAUUACAGCUACUACCUAUUACUACUACUACGAAUACUAUUACUAUUACUACUACUACUACUUCCGUUUUUUGUGAUUAUUAAGGUAUAGUGAAAAAUGAAGAAAGGAAACAGGAAGGAAUAGAAUUAUCUGUGUAUAAGGUGAAUUUAAGUAAGCGAAAGAAAAACAAACAAACAAACAAGUCAGUUUAAAGAAAAAUACACGAAACAAAUCUCUCCUUUUCUCUCUGUAA